AUGGCUCUUCAAAAGAGGACAGGUACGAGAUCUCAGAACCUGAUUACCUCAAGGUUUCCUGAUGUGUUUUUCAACUCUCUCCCAUCUCCUUCCUUUCUAGCAAUCUACAACUACGAUGCUGUCCAAGAUGUGGAGCUCUCCCUGCAGGUCGGCGACACUGUUCACAUUUUGGAGAUGUAUGAAGGCUGGUACCGAGGAUACACGCUCCGCAAUAAAUCAAAGAAGGGCAUUUUCCCAGAAACGUAUAUCCACUUAAAAGAGGCAACCGUGAAGGACCGGGGACAACAUGAAACAGUGAUUCCGGGUGAAUUGCCACUUGGGCAAGAGCUUACUUCCACCCUGAGGGAGUGGGCAGUUAUCUGGCACAGGUUAUAUGUGGAUAACAAAACAACACAGUUUCGUCAUGUCCAACAGUUAACUUACAGCCUGAUAGAGUGGAGAUCACAGAUACUAUCUGGGACUCUUCCCAAAGAUGAGCUGGCUGAACUCAAGAAGAAAGUUACUGCUAAAAUUGACUAUGGCAACAGGAUCCUGGGUUUGGACCUGGUUGUACGAGAUGACAAUGGGAACAUCUUGGACCCAGAUGAAACCAGCACAAUCUCUCUUUUCAAGGCCCAUGAAACUGCAUCCAAAAGGAUUGAUGAAAGAAUCCAGGAAGAAAAGUCCCUGCAACAGAAUUUGGAACUCCGAGGGCAGCCAAUAUUUAACACAACACACACAUACAGCCUCUAUGUAAACUUCAAGAAUUUUGUCUGUAAUAUUGGAGAAGAUGCAGAGCUCUUAAUGAGCCUCUAUGACCCUGACCUCUCCAAAUUCAUCAGUGAAAAUUACCUUGUUCGUUGGGGCAGUAAUGGGAUGCCUAAGGAAAUUGAGAAGCUAAAUAACCUUCAAGCAGUCUUUACUGAUUUAAGCAGUUCGGAUUUGAUCAGGCCGAAAAUCAGCUUGGUGUGUCAGAUUGUGAGAGUGGGGCAUAUGGAGCUGAAAGAUGGGAAGAAACACACGUGUGGACUCCGGAGACCCUUUGGUGUGGCAGUGAUGGACAUAACAGAUAUCAUACAUGGGAAGGUGGACGAUGAGGAAAAGCAACAUUUUAUUCCAUUUCAGCAGAUUGCCAUGGAAACAUACAUCAGACAGCGACAGCUAAUUAUGUCCCCGCUGAUAACUUCCCAUGUGAUUGGAGAAAAUGAGCCCCUCACUUCUGUCUUCAACAAAGUCAUCGCUGCAAAGGAAGUGAACCAUAAAGGGCAAGGUCUUUGGGUCUCCCUGAAGCUGCUUCCUGGUGACCUAGCACAGGUUCAGAAGGAUUUUUCCCACCUUGUAGACAGAUCCACUGCUGUGGCUCGCAAAAUGGGAUUUCCUGAGAUAAUUCUUCCUGGUGAUGUUCGAAAUGAUAUCUAUGUCACCCUGAUACAAGGAGAGUUUGACAAAGGGAAGAAGAAGACUCCUAAGAAUGUGGAAGUCACCAUGUCUGUCCAUGACGAAGAUGGCAAUCUCCAAGAGAAAGCUAUCCAUCCUGGUGCUGGUUACGAAGGUGUCUCUGAGUAUAAGUCUGUUGUUUAUUAUCAAGUCAAGCAACCAUACUGGUAUGAAACUGUAAAGGUAUCCAUUGCAAUAGAGGAAGUCAGUCGUUGCCAUUUAAGAUUCACUUUCCGUCAUCGAUCAUCACAGGAAUCUAGGGAUAAGUCUGAGAGAGCUUUUGGCAUGGGCUUUGUGAAACUGAUGAAUGCAGAUGGAACAACACUACAGGAUGGCAAACACAACUUGAUUAUUUAUAAGGGUGAUAACAAGAAAAUGGAAGAUGCAAAAUGCUAUUUAACUCUUCCUUAUACAAAAGUGGAAAUGGAGGAGAAGGAGACCCCCUCAGGGAAAAGUCUGCACCAUCUAGCCAACUUUACACCCAGCAAAGACAGUACAAAAGACAGCUUCCAGAUUGCCACUUUAAUCUGCUCUACCAAACUCACCCAGAAUGUUGACCUGCUGGGUUUGUUGAACUGGCGUUCCAACUCUCAGAACAUUGCCCACAACCUGAGGAAGUUGAUGGAGGUGGAAGGAGGAGAAAUUGUAAAGUUUUUGCAAGACACUCUUGAUGCACUUUUCAACAUAAUGAUGGAAAUGUCAGAAAAUGAAACGUAUGACUUCCUUGUGUUUGAUGCACUGGUAUUUAUUAUUUCUUUGAUCGGAGACAUAAAGUUCCAGCAUUUCAACCCUGUACUUGAAACUUACAUUUACAAACACUUCAGUGCAACUCUCGCAUACGUGAAACUCACUAAAGUGCUGAACUGUUAUGUGGGAAAUGCUGAUGACUCCAGCAAGACAGAACUGCUGUUUGCUGCUCUGAAAGCCUUGAAAUACCUCUUCCGAUUCAUCGUUCAGUCGAGAAUAUUGUACCUGAGGUUUUAUGGGAAAAGUGAAGAUGGUGAUGAAUUUAAUGAUGCAAUACGCAAGCUGUUCUUCUCCUUCAAUGUCCUCAUGGACCGUCCUUUAGAGGAGGCUGUCAAGAUUAAGGGUGCAGCUUUAAAGUAUUUGCCAAGCAUCAUAAACGAUGUCAAACUAGUCUUUGACCCUGUUCAACUCAGCAACCUCUUCGGCAACUUCAUCCAAAGUAUUCCUGACAACCAGUUGGUUCGACAGAAGCUGAACUGCAUGACCAAGAUUGUUGAAAGUGAUCUGUUUAAGCAGCCUGAAUGCAGAGAUGCUCUUCUCCCUCUGUUGAUUGACCAGCUGAGCGGCCAGUUGGAUGACAACUCAAACAAGCCCGACCACGAGGCCAGCUCACAGCUACUGAGCAGCAUUCUGGAAGUGCUGGAUAGGAAAGAUGUGGGGCCCACAGCCAAGCACAUCCAGCAGAUCAUGGAACGCCUGCUGAGGAGAAUAAACCGCACGGUGAUAGGAAUGAGCAGACAAUCUCCACACAUUGGUAUUUUUGUGGCCUGCAUGACAGCCAUCCUGAGGCAGAUGGAUGACCACCAUUACAACCAUUACAUCAAUACUUUCAAAACCAGGCAGGACAUUAUUGACUUCCUGAUGGAAACAUUCAUUAUGUUUAAGGAUUUGAUUGGAAAAAAUGUCUAUGCAUCUGACUGGAUGGUGAUGAAUAUGAUGCAGAGCAGGGUUUUCCUUCAGGCAGUGAACCAGUUUACCUCUGUGCUCAACCGCUUCUUCCUGGAUCAAACAAAUUUUGAACUCCAGCUCUGGAAUAACUAUUUCCAUUUGGCAGUGGCCUUUCUCACUCAUGAGUCCCUCCAGCUGGAGACCUUCUCACAAGCCAAGCGCAGCAAAAUUAUCAAGAAGUAUGGGGACAUGAGGAAAGAAAUUGGCUUCAAAAUAAGGGAUAUGUGGUAUAAUCUGGGUCCCCACAAAAUAAAGUUUAUUCCAGCAAUGGUAGGGCCAAUCCUGGAGGUAACUUUGGUCCCAGAGCCUGAGCUACGGAAAGCUACCAUUCCCAUCUUCUUUGAUAUGAUGCAGUGCGAGUACAACUUCAGUGGGAACAGAAACUUUCAUAUGUUUGAAAACGAGUUAAUAACCAGACUGGAUCAGGAAGUCGAGGGCGGCCGAGGGGAUGAACAGUACAAGAUUUUGCUGGAGAAACUCCUCCUGGAGCACUGUCGGAAGCAUAAAUAUCUGUCUGCUUCCGGAGAAAAGUUUGCUUGGCUGGUCAGCAGCUUGCUGGAGAACCUGCUGGACUACAGAACAAUCAUGCAUGAUGAAAGCAAGGAGAACCGCAUGAGCUGCACUGUCAAUGUGCUGAAUUUUUACAAAGAGAAGAAACGAGAGGACAUUUAUAUCAGAUAUCUGUAUAAACUCCGGGAUCUGCACACAGACUGUGAGAACUUCACUGAGGCCGCAUACACCCUCCUCCUGCAUGCAGAGCUGCUCCAGUGGUCUGAGAAGCCGUGUGUCCCUCAUCUGCUGCAGAGGGACAGCUACUACGUCUACUCACAACAGGAACUGAAGGAGAAGCUCUACCAAGAAAUUAUCUCCUUCUUCGACAGGGGCAAGGUGAGUUUCUGUGGUGUUCUUGGGGUUCACUGGUACUUAGAUUGGUGAAAAUAGCUGCCAGAA